AUGGCUUCCAGACGGCAGCACCAGGGACUGACCGAGGAGACAAUUUGUCCCAUUUGUCUGGAUUUCUUCACCGACCCGGUUACACUGGAGUGUGGACACAACUUCUGCCGCUCCUGUAUCACCCAGAGUUGGGAAAAGGAGAUAAACUCCUGCCCGGACUGUAGAGAGGAAUUUCCGAAAGAAAUCUCGGUAAAUCGGGCCUUAGCGAAUCUGGCCGAGGAGGUUCGAAAAUUAAAGUUGGAUCCGAAAGAGAAGGAAAGUAAACUUCACUGUGAGAUACAUCAGGAAGAUCUGAAGCUGUUUUGUGAAACUGACAAGAAAGUGAUCUGUGAGACUGCGAAACACAGAGACCACCGCUUCAUCCCAAGUAAAGAAGCUGUUGAAAUCUAUAAGGUAAAGGGACUGAAAUCUUCCUUAGAUUCUCUCACAGAGAAGAAAUCGGCGGUUCUACAAACGGAACUGAACCAGAAACGGAAGAUUUCCGAAGUGAGGGAACAGGCGAGCAGUCUGCAGAUCCAUAUCACAUCCGAGUUCACUAAAAUGCACCAGAUUCUAACUGAGAAAGAGUAGCGCUUACUCACAGAUCUCAGGGAAGAAAAGAAGAGGAUUCUAGAGCCAAUGGAGAAAAACCUUCGAAAGAUUCAGGAGAAAUUAAAUUCUAUUGAGGGGAAACUGUCAACAAUACAGAAACAGAUGGAGCAAACAGACGAGCUGAUAUUUCUGAAGGAGAAAGCUUGUCGGAAGAGAAGGAUUGGUGAUGAAGGUCAUGAACUUUCAGCUGCUCAUGCCUCUCUGUCUCUCGGACAGUUCGUUGGCCCGUUACAGUACACAGUCUGGAAAGAAAUUAUACACACCAUUCACCCAGCCGCCCAUCCUGUGGGUGAGCGAGAUGGAGAGAACGUGACGGCCCAGCAGCAAACCACGUACCAGCCGGACACUCAGGGGUUUCUCACGGUAAGCAGCUUCAUUGAGAUCCCAGAAGACUCCACCAAUAAGUACACUUGUGUCAUUAACAAUGUGAUCCUGAAGGAGAAACAAAAGGCUCACAUCCAGAUUACAGGCAGAUUCACUGUGACUGUUUCUCAGCCUGUGCCCGGGCUUGGGGGAGCUGUUUCUCAGCCUGUGCCCGGACUCGGGGGAGCUGCUUCUCAGCCUGUGCCCGGGCUGGGGGAUGAACACAGCAGGCCAAGCAGCAUCAUAGGAGCAGAGAGGCUGACGUUUCGGGCCGAGACCCUUCAUCAGAAAAGGCUGAACACAGCAGGCCAAGAGGCAGUUUGUCCCAUUUGUCUGAAUUUCUUCACCGGCCCGGUUUCACUGGAGUGUGGACACAACUUCUGCUGCUCUUGUAUCACCCAGAGUUGGGAAAAGAAGGAAAUAAACUCUUGCCCGGAAUGUAGAGAGGAGUUUCCGGAAAGAAAUCGCAGGGUAAAUCGGGCCUUAGCGAAUCUGGCCGAGGAGGCUCGAAAAUUAAAGCUGGAUCUGAAAGGGAAGGAAAGUAAACGUCACUGUGAGAUACAGCAGGAAGAUCUGAAGCUGUUUUGUGAAACUGACGAGAAAUUGAUCUGUGUGAUUUGCGUCACCGAGGAACGCAGAGAGUACCGCUUCAUCCCGAUUAAAGGAGCUGUUAAAAUCUACAAGGAUCAGCUGAAAUCUUCCUUAGAUUCUCUCACAGCGAAGAAAUCCGGGGUUCUACAAACGGAACUGAACCAGAAACAGAGUAUCUCCGAAGUGAGGCUUUCCCAGUUUUGACACAGCUCUGGAGAUGUUGGUGAGCAGCACUUUGAGCAACCGUCUGGAAAGUUUCUGUCAUCCUCUAGAUAGCUUAUUCGUCCCCCUUUGUUGAUUUUUCCAGAACUGUUUCAUAGAACUUGCAGGGGUAAGUAUCAGAGACAGCAAGAACUACAGAUGCUGGAGUCAGAGUCAAUACAAUGCGGAGCUGGAGGGAUACAGCAGGUCAGGCAGCAUCAGAGGAGCAGAAGAGUCGACGUUUCGGGUCAGGAGCCGUCUAUAGGACUGGUAGCAAUCACAUUCCUGGAGGUGUGAUGUAUUGUAUCGACCACACCAGCCCAGGACAGCAAAUUUCCUCUUGGAUUGAACCGUGCGGGUUUUGUGACCAUCUUUUUAUUGGAGACUAAGAUUGAAAUUUUCGUGCUUCUUGUUUUAAAUGUGUUUACUUAAUUGAAUUUAAAUUCAUCCUCAGUGGAUUAAUCAGCGCCCGGAUUAUUGUCCAGAAUAUUUCCAUGCUCUGAGCACAACAUUCCCGUCCCAGAGGAAGCGUACUCCUUGCAGUGUUCCUAUGAAGUCCCAGUGUGAGGCAGGUCUAUCUUUCCUCAGAUAAAGAGACGAGAGACACAUGGGACGCCAGCUGCGGUUUCAGUCAGGAUCUAUACAAUUGCUGUCAAAGUUGUUUGCCUUCAAUACUUCUGCUAUAGAAACGCCGAAAUUAACAGUGAACUCGGUGCACCGAGUAUGAUAUCGGAAUAAACUUCAGCUGGAGUUCUGAGGAAGGGUCAUUCUCCCCUAAAACAUUGUGGGAUCGUGUUUCAAGUAACGACCGAG